AUGGUGCGUUAUAGAUGCCGCUACCUUGUCUGUCAGAUUCGAAACGCGUCUGACGCUGGAACGCAGCCACGGACGGAGGCUGAAGUGUCUCGUUGCGGAGAGCCGUCCGGCCAGCCUAUGGAGCGCGGCGCUCUAGUUGGGCAGAAACGCAGAUACUUUUCAAAAGUCGGGCCCGCGUCGACUGGGAAUACAGCGGACGCCCACCAAGCGCGCACCGCUGAAGUAUACCGCCUGCCGUUGCCGUUUGGUGAGCGGGAACUCCACGCUGCGCUGCGGGCAACUAUCGAAAGCUGCUUCGGUGACUUGGGCUGGUGUCUAUUGGUCCCUUCCCUCGCAACUAAAUACUUUGACGCUGAGACUGGAAUAGCCAUUUUACGAGCACCACGGGAUCAGUAUCGGCUGUUAUGGGCGGCCUGUUCGUUGUUGAACCAGGUCCAGCUGACAGCAACGGGACAGUGGGUUCCGCUUCGAGUCCGAGUCGUCCACGUUGGAGGUAGCGUUCGCAGCUGCCAGAAUCGGAUGAUGCAAGCCAUGCGUCGCGAGUUGCCACUCUUUAUCGAUGAGCAUGCGGUGGAGAAAAGAUAG